CGGAAGCUGAGGUUAAAGGUCACUAUUAUUUUGAUGCUGAUACUCCGUUUACCCAAGGCUUAGAAUUUAAGCCAUGGUUCUGGGUAAGGCUGAGUUUGGUGUAUCAACCUUCUUUGCAUCGAGCCAUUCAAACGACAAAUGUGGGGCCAAUGGAUUACCCCUAACGCCCAAUUCCAUUAAGAUCAUGGGCAAGAUGCAGUGCUUAAAGACACUGGAUCACCCCCAUGUCUGCAAGUACCUCGACUGUGUCCGUGGGAAACAUGAAAGGUUGAUGGUGGUGCAAGAACAUUACACAAAUAACCUUGAGUUGGCGAGAAAAACAGGCAAAUACCAGCGGGAGGAAUCACUUGUCCAACUGGCAUUUGAGGUUCUCCAAGGUCUUACAUACCUGAACUCACAAAGAAUCGUACACAGAAAUCUACGACCAGAAAACAUCCUCUUUGAUGCUCAGGACAAAGUGAAGCUGUCAGCAUAUGGCUCGUAUUUUAUGACAGACUGUGGAGCAAAUGUUGGCUUUCCCAUUGGACUAAUGAAGUAUAUGAGUCCGGAGGUCCUGAGCUACGGCCCUGUAAAGAUAGAUGAUGAAACAGAGUUAUCUACCCUACCCCCUUCUAGUCCCAAAGUGGAUGUCUGGUCCCUGGGUUGUAUCCUCUUGGAGGUUGUUGCUGGAAAACGUCUUUGGGAAGGAUCAAGUGUUUCCUGUGUUAUUCAGAAGAUACUGAAUAUAGCAAAGUCAGAUGAGAGUGGCUUUGAUGUUCUAGUCAGAGAAUUACAGUGUGAAGAAAAAAUAAAGAACUUGCAUCAGUCAACUCAAGACCUGUUGAGGCAGUGUCUGACAGUCAAUCCAGAAAAACGUCCGUGCCCUGCAGAACUACUUUCCCAUGAGGCAUUCCUCAGACUUAAGUUAAAAAAGUUGACUCCACGAAAUGGUUACCAUUUGUUUACAAGUGAGUUGAGAUGCAAAGAUCUAGAGUUACCUACCCUUCCUGAGGAUGACAAAGACUAUAACACCGACCACCUGUCUGAGAGGAGCAUGGAAGAGGUGUAUUACUUAUGGCGGCUGGCGGGCGGGGAUUUGGAGGGGGUCCUCAAAAAAGUCGGAAUGAUCAAGACAAAACCUCCUGUAACCAUUCUGCCAAGUCUAACCCUUGAGAAUGGUGAUGUUCUUGGACAAGGCCGAGACCAGGCGGAGUUGCUGGACAACACCGUGGUUCUCCUGUCACAGGAUCAGCUAAGACAGAGACUUUCAGAUGUAGAUGAGAAAUCUUACUACCCUUUAUUGGAAGAUGAAAAGACAUUAAAUGACACUCUUCCUACUUCGUUAAGCAGUGUUGAUUUAGCAAGUACAGCGAGUCUACCCAUCGUCAUCAAAGAAAAAGAUGUGGAAUAUCAGUUUCACAGAGUGAUAUUGUAUGAGAGGCUUAUCCAGGGUUACCCCUACAAACGUGCCCAGAUCCUGAAAGAAGCCAGGGUGGAUAUCCCGCCGUUGUUCAGAAACCUUGUGUGGGCAACCUUGUUGGAAGUUGAGGGUGAUAUUCAAGCCGAAUACGACAGCAUCGAUAAGGAAACACCCACUGGAACAGACAGACAGAUUGCCGUAGAUAUUCCCAGAUGCCACCAAUACCACGAGCUCCUUGCGUCCCCGACAGCACACGCUAAGUUCAAGAGAGUUCUUAAGGCUUGGAUAGUCAGUCAUCCACAGUACGUUUAUUGGCAGGGCCUGGACUCCCUUUGUGCUCCUUUCCUGGCAUUAAACUUUAACAAUGAAGCCCUUGCCUAUUCAUGCAUCAAAGCAUUUAUUCCGAAGUACCUACAUAACUUUUUCCUGAAGGAUAAUUCUCCAAUUAUACAAGAAUAUCUGCCAGUAUUCAGCCACCUGAUCGCCUUUCAUGAUCCAGAAUUGUCCAACCACAUGGAGGGAAUCGGCUUUAUACCAGAUCUGUAUGCGAUACCAUGGUUUUUGACAAUGUUUGCUCACGUAUUUCCGCUCCAGAAGGUCUUUCAUUUGUGGGACACAUUGUUGCUAGGCAACUCCUCAUUUCCGUUGUGUGUGGGUGUGGCAAUACUCCAGCAGUUUCACGAUCGGUUGCUCUCCUACGGCUUUAAUGAGUGCAUAUUACUCUUCUCUGACAUGCCAGAAAUAGACAUACAAGUGUGUGUAAAGGACUCCAUACAAAUAUUCUGCAAGACACCAAAGAGUGCAACUUACCGCCAACAUGCAAGGCAGGAUGUAAAGAAGACAGAAGAGAAGCCUAACUUAUCCUACUAUUCCAAGGAUUACAAUGAACAACCAUCAAAUGAAUUGUCCAUGGAACCUCUAACCUUGGAUGAGCUUAAAUCUGAAAAAUGUCCUCGAAUAUCUGCGGAAGACCUGCUUGAGCUUGGAGAAUACAUGGGUAACUCGAGCACGAGAAGUCCUACUCGGAAACCAGGCAACACUAAGCCCAUGUUGCUGGUCAUUGACGUCCGCUCCCAGGACGAAUACAAAAGAGGCACUGUCCCGGGCAGUGUGAACAUUCCGUUCCAGACUGCCUUCUCCCCCGAAGGCGACCUUGUAGCUUGUCCUGCUGUGACGGUUCUGAAGCAGAGCAAAGCUCAGGUUAAGGUGGUGGUCGGUAGCAGGGGCAAAAAUGCAUCGAACUUCGCGAACGAAUUGGUGCGAUUAGGGUAUACACGAGUGUGUACACUGCACAAGGGAAUCGAUGUCCUUCGACAAACGGCUAUACUGACAGUGCCACCUGCAGAUAUUUAAUCAGCAAACACCAAUCCAGGGAUAUAUCGGCGUAAUUUUAUUGCUAAACAACCAUUACAUUUAGCAGACUGAGUUCACUUUAUCGCAACGCAUCCGCCAUCGAAAUUAGACGAGUGACCAAUUCGGAAAGUACUUAGACUACAUUUUUUCUUAAAAGGACUAGAUAGCAUAUGAUACAAUUGCAAGAAAAAAUACAAUUGUCAAAAACUUACAUUAAAUUAAUAUGGUUAUGUAAAACGCAUUGAAUCUUAUUUACUGAUGUAUCACAACGCUAACGACACUUCCAUCUUUCGAUUUUUUGCGCAUCUUUCCAUUUCGAAAUUUACUGGGCUUAUCUAUAACGAAUAAUUUUAAAAAUAACGUUGGUAUAUUUACCUGUAUUAAUCACGCGACCUUCACAUGCAAAGUAUACACACUUCAUGGCUUCACUUGACUUGCAAGGUGUUCAGAAAAAAAAUCCUCGCUUUUAUAAACGUGGAAACCACUAUGCGCUAUUUUUAAAUGGGAAAACUCCACUGAGACAUCGACAUGAUUUUUGCGUUUAUUUUUUAAAUCAUGUAAAGAGAUGUAUUAUCGGCCUCAUAGUAGCUCACAUUGACAAUUAAAUGCUUGUUUCGAGGAAAUACUGUAUUUGCCGAUUUUGGGACCAUCCGUCUGGUCCCUUUAAACGAUGAUCCAGUUUAAAGUCGUUUUCCUUUUUGAGUUUCUUUUAUUUCAAAGCGUGAUGUAUUAAUCAAAUUCUUAUAAAUUUUAAAAUAUUGCAAAGCCAUACAUAUGGGGAAGUCUACUUUCUUUAUCCAAUAAAGAAGCAAUUUCUGUGUGCACACUCCCCAUUUGAAAUAUGAGCACCUAAAAGAGCUGACAAAAAAGCAACAGAAAAAAUAACUAAUGUAGACAUUGUGUAAAAAAAAAAUAUUUUAUAGGCACUAUUUCUGAUCUGGUGUGCUUAUGAACUGUUAACAGGACAAAUCGAGUUUGAAACAUAUCUAACUAUCUGGUAAAAACAAACAAUGAACUUGCUUUACCAUUCUCUAAUGAAAAAUUAACGUUUUUGUCUGUAAUAUUGUAAACUAUAUGAAUGACCUAUUUAGAGUUCACGUGUGCUUAUGAUUGUGUCAAGCCUUGCAGAAAAUGUGCAAUAUUUCUUUGAAUAAAAUGUUAGAAAACA